GACGACUUGCACUUUAAUCAGAACCCGGACCUGAUUCAACAGGACAGGAGCUCCCCAGAGGAGAAGCCGUUGAAAUGCUCCAAUGGAGGGAGCAACUUCAAGGUGAUCUCUCACUAUAUUUCCAACAGCCAUGGAGGAAGGAAGCCACAUAGGUGUACAGACUGUGGGAAAUCCUUUAUCGCUAAAGCACACCUUAUCAUUCACCAGAGAACCCACACUGGGGAGAGGGCGCUUUAUCACAGAAAUGCACCUAGCUUGUGGCCAGAAAAACCUUAGCCGCCAGAGUUCAAACCUCUACAGUCCAAUCCAGAGGGAGAUCCCACAGCGAGUGAAGCCAUUCUGGUGUUCGGACUGCGGGAAAAGCUUCUGCUCCAGUACCAACUUGGUCAAACAUCAGAGCAUCCACAAGAAGGGGACCCUGUAUAAAUGCACUGCAUGUGGGAAGAGCUUCAAAGCACGCUCCCACUUCAUUGCCCACAAGAGAAUCCACCCCAAGAAAUCUCAUAAAUGUCCGGACUGUGGGAAAUGUUUCCUCGCAGAAUCUCAGCUGAUUAUCCACCGGCGCAUCCACACUGGGGAGAGACCGUACAAGUGCCUGGAGUGUGGGAAAUGCUUCAUCCAGAAUAUACACCUUACUGUCCAUCAAAAAAUCCACAAAAGAACAAAGUCACUCCAGUGUGCUGACUGCGGAGAGAGUUUCCAUUCCAGCCUAAACCUCAUCCAGCACCGGAGAAUGCAUAUGGGAGAAAGCCCAUAUAAAUGCUCAGAGUGUGGGAAAACCUUCCGGGUGAAUGCUCACCUUAUCGCGCAUAAGAGGAGCCACGCAACAAAGAAACCACAUAAGUGUUCAUACUGUGGGAAAUCCUUCUUGGCCAAAUCAUACCUCAUCAUCCAUCAGAGGAUCCACACUGGCGAGAGACCAUUUAAAUGCUUAGUUUGUGGGAAAAGCUUUUGCCAGAGUUCACACCUGAAUGUUCAUAAACGAACCCACACAGGUGUGAAGCCAUUCCAGUGUCCAGAGUGUGGGAAAGGCUUCAGUUCAAGCACAAACCUUAUCAAGCACCAGAGAAUCCACACCAGAGAGGACCUGUACAUAUGCUGUGACUGUGGGAAAAGUUUUCGAGUGCACGCACAUCUCACUGCUCACAAAAAAAUACACGCAACAAAAAGACCACAUAAGUGUUCGUACUGUGGGAAAGCCUUCUUUACCAAAUCAUCCCUCAUUGUCCACCAGAGAAUCCAUACGGGAGAGAGGCCGUACAAAUGUCUGAUCUGUGGUAAAAGCUUCACGCAGCAAUCGCAUCUGAAGGCCCAUCAGAGAACCCACACAGGAAAAAAGCCAUUCCAGUGCCAAGAGUGUGGGAAAAGCUUCCGAGUCAGCUCCCGCCUCCUUGCUCAUCGGAGAGUCCACGAAGACAAGAAACCUCACAAAUGCUCGUACUGUAACAAAACAUUCGUCUUCAAGUCCUACCUGGUUAUCCAUGAGCGGAUGCACACUGGUGAGAAGCCGUUCAAGUGCCUGGCCUGUGGUAAAAGCUUCAGCCAGAGUUCCCACCUGAAUGUCCACAAAAGAAUCCACAUGAGGGAAAAGCAAUUCCAGCGUCCUGAACGUGGCAAAGGUUUUAGAGUGAGCUCUCAGCUGUUGGCCCGCAAGAGAAUCGGCACGGUCAAGAAGCCGCACAAUAAAUGCUUAGACUGCGGAAAGUCCUUCAUUUACAAAUCAUACUUGAUUAUCCACCAGAGGACCCACACAGGUGAAAGACCUUACAAGUGUUUGGCUUGUGGGAAAUCCUUUAGCCAAAGUUCUCAUUUGAACACUCAUCAGAGAACCCACAGAGGAGUGAAGCCGUUCCGAUGUCCUACCUGCGGGGAGAGUUUCAAUUCCAGAAUCAACCUUCAAAAGCACCAGAGAACCCACACAAAUGGGAACCUGUUCAAAUGCUCAGACUGCGAGAAAUCCUUUAUUGCCAAAUCACAGCUUGUGAUCCAUCAGAGAAGCCACACGGGGGAGAGACCCUUCAAAUGCUUGGACUGUGGGAAGGGCUUCAGCCAGAGUUCCAACCUGAUCAGGCAUCAGCGCAUUCACGCUGGGGGGAAUCCGCAUAAAUGCUUGGACUGCGGGAAAGUAUUCAGCUCAGAAGAGAACCUUGUUAAGCAUCAGAGAAUCCACACGUAGAGGGAAGGGGCUGCAUGCUUCUUACAUUGCAGGGAAGCCAUCCGAACACAUGACUUUUACCACCAAUCCAAUUUUCUUUGCUGUUACAAAAAUAAAAACAUGGCCAGCCCCGCGCUGCUGCUCAGCGUGCAGAAAACGUUAGCCGUAAACUCAAGCUCUGCUGUUCCUCUGAGAACCUGGGGGUGGCAGCACCAGAUAAAAUGCUGAGGCUCUAGGGAAGCUUUCCUCAGAAGCUGCCUCACUUGUCUCUCUGUGUGUCAAACCUACUGUGUAAACUUUGAACCAGCAGUGCAUCCUCAAUCUGUCACAAGCAUCCCCCAAGGAAAGCUAAAGAGUGUUUCGGCUGACUCACUGCACCCCUGCCCCAGCUCUGACUGAAAGAAGGGACUUGAGCCCAAGAAAGUUUCUUAACAGCAGUAGGUCAGAUUGGAUCACAUGGGACUCCCUGACCUUUGUAAAAAAAAAAUCCAGGUCAAACUCACUUAGUCCUUUAAAUUGCAAGAGAACUUGGCUGUUCUGUUCUUGGGGAGACCUGAUGAGGAUGACCUGUGAAGAACCAGAAUCUUAGCAAAACUGUCCAGGAGAAUUGAAAAGGAUAUGUAGAAGGGGAGGGGGGUUGGGGGAGGGGAGGGGGAACACAUCAGCAAAGCCAUAUAAAUUCUCCAAGUGUAGAAUCUUACACUCCCCAAGUGAAUCCAUUCCAGUGUUGAGUCCAUUAGCUGGCAGAGAAUCUGAGUCAAGGAGAACCCCUGGGUGUAUCAAAUGAACUGAUACCCAUCUGAAGAGAAAACAAAUGUCAACUGACCAAUGGCAGGCUUUGAAGGAAUUCAUAAAGUCCCGUUUAAUCUGCUGAAUGACCAUUUUAAAAAAUGGUGGUAUACAGUAUUUGAUUGGCUUUCCGUCAAUAUAGCUACACUUGUAUCCCCUGCGGCUCAUAAAAUAUCACCAGAAUCAAAUCACAGAUAGGCUGAUUGGCUACCACUGUGCCCAAAAGAUUGAAGCAGCAUUGCAAAUCUAUUUCCUGUAUUUCCAGAUGUGGGGAUGAACACAAAGAUCUUUCCAUUUCCACGGAUACUUUCUCAAUCUUAAGAAUUCUUCAGCGAGCAAGCAGAUUAAUCUGGACGCUCGUUUGCAACUUGUUUUGUUGUUUCUGUCCACAUGGGGAUUGCGUUGGGUACCAAUAAGAGGGUUCAUACAGCUGUCACAAGCAUCCCCUAAAAAUCAAGAAGGGAUGUGAUUAAUCCUGUUGAGCUCACAGAUGGCUUAACGAAACGAUUCCUCAUUCCUUGGGGGAACUAAUUGUGCAGGGAUUAUUGCAGAUAUUAUUUUUUUCACAUUUUGUCAGGUUUGAAAUAUAUGAGCCUAAAGCCUCAUGGAAGAAUAAAAAGGUAAGGCUGUGUUUUUCAAAAUAGCCAGGUCAGCAAAAGGAUUAGAAACAUUCCUGGGUGUGAUGUCACAAGCACACCAUUCAAUAAAGAGCCAGUGACCGGUUUGUAAGUUCCACCCCUACACCCAGCAUGGUUUCAGCUAGCAUCAAAAUGUCCCCCACCCCAAUAAGUUCACAAAAGUACAGUUUUUGUUUUUUGAAAACAGUCCAUCAAGUGGAUAUCAUCUGGGCUAUAAAUACCACACUGCAUCUAACUGUGAAUUUUUUAAAAAAUCUGGGAAGACCACAUACUUUCCUGCCAUGAACUGAAGAUAACUCUGAGAGGCUGAGGUUUUGCGUACUUGGCAACUGCUCAUAGAUGGGGAGUGAAACUGUCAUAUCUCCAACUGGUCCAGGGCUUCAUCCUUCAACUCGGCAACUGGAAUAAUUUGCUUGUCUCCAAAGGCCCCCUGGACCAAAAUGCAAAGUGCACUGACACUGAAGGUCAACAUUCUUCUCUAGCUCUAGAACCAGAGCAUGAUCCAUUUGACUUUCAUCUGCCUCCAUAUACUAUGUCUUUUGGAAGCAUCGGGGCAUUAGGGCCAAAGGCAUCUCCCUCCCCCUAACAUAAUAUAUUGAAUAUCAAUUGGAAAAGGGUUGUGUUUACAUUUCCAGUCCGCUCACUUCAGCUUCUUGGAUACACUCCGUCUGACCGCUGCUUCCUGUUUCCUAUGAACUCUGUUAUGGGGCCAGAAUGUUGUUACCUCUGUUUCUUGAAAGAAAUCUAUCAUGUUUUCGUUACACUGAGGUUCCUUUGUUUUCAGACCUGGGCCAAAUACUGUAAUGAUUUUCUUUUAUAUGGACAUUAGUAUAUUCCUUUCCUUCCUGUUUUUAUUUCUGCCCUGAUCUGAAAUUAUACCGUUACUGUUGUUCA